AUGACGAGGAUACAAAGCCUUAAUUUUGUAAGAACGAAGCAUUUUGUCAAAUCACCUAGUAUAACGCAAAUACCAGAUUUUACAAAAUAUUCUCCAACACGGUCAAUAAAUGAAGAGCUAGCACCAUACCUAUGUGAAACUACCAAAGCAUUUCCUGCCAAAUCCAAAUAUGUUAAUAAGCAACACUAUUACCAUAAUAAAAAUGUUCUUCUCGACGACUAUCUGAAACGAUCACCUCAUCCGGUCUCACUAAUGCAACUGGCACAAUAUUACGAUGACUCUAAGAAACUAACAAAACAAAAGGUAAUACAUUCUGGCCAAUUCGUUAAAGAGGAACUUAUAGUAAGGAUUGCAUCAAAAAUAUAUCAAUUGCAAUGUUUACCGUUCAGUGUGGUUAAUAAUUUCCAUUUCGUUCAGGUUUAUGAAUCAUAUUAUAAUAUAUUUGAGCGAUUUAGAAAGUUCCCAAGUAUUAGGACAUUGGAUGACAAUUUAAGAUUCGUUAAUUUUACAAAAAGACUUUUAAGAAGGUUCAAUACCCUCAAUUCACCUCAUUUAGUAAUGGGUGCACUAGAAUGUACUAUAUUGGAUCUAUAUCCAACGGAUAAAAUGGAUAAUUUGUUAUCUGAAUUAUUGAGAGCACGAAUUUCAAGAAGAUUAAUCGCUGAAGAGCAUAUUAGCAUAACAAAUAACUAUAUGAGCGGUAAGAAAGAAAAUACAUUAGUCUUAGGUGAUAUAUUUCAAGAAUGCUUUGCUAAAAAAUAUAUCUUAGGUGCAAGCAAAAGCUGUGAAAAGUUCAUUAAGGAUAUGUACUUCGAAAAUAUUCCCCUGCCGAAGCUGAUUAUUGAAGGUGAUGCGUCUUUGAAAUUUCUAUUUUUACCAACUCAUUUAAAAUACUUAUUCAACGAACUACUCAGAAAUAUAUAUGAAGCGACAAUGAAGGACUACAUUAGAAAAGGUCUCCCUCGUCCUAAACCGAUAAUAAUCACCAUUAUCGAAAAUGAAGACUGUUAUAUAUUUAGGAUUGCUGAUCAGGCCGGCGGCAUUCUUUACCAUGAUGAAGAUAUCUGGUCCUUUGGUAAAUCUAAAGAAAGGGCAAGAGAAUCGCUGGAGAAUUUUCAUAAACUUCCUGGUUUACAAACGAUAUCAAUAUAUGAUCAUUUAAAUCAAAACGAAAACAUUAGAAAAUUUUAUGAAAGUUCAAAGGAUGCCGUUAUACCUUUGGCAAGAACUACGGGAACGUAUUCGAAUACAUCAUUGGAGCCAAUAACAAAUGCAAAUCUGGAAAUAGGGAUUCCUAAAUAUGAAAGAUCUUUGAUCCAAAUGUUACAAAGAUCAUAUCGAUAUAAGCUCGGGAUUGGACUCGCAAUGUGCAAGGUAUACUCUGAAUAUUGGAAUGGAGACCUGAAACUUCAUUCAGUGUCAGGAUAUGGUACAGACACUAUAUUAAAGCUGGGAAAUUUAAUGAAAAAUACUGAAAAGUUACAGUUGGACAAAGUAUAG